AUGAGGUUCACUUUGAUUCUUAGUGCUGUUGCUGCUUUUGCUAGCUACGGAGCAGCAGCUGGCUUUAAUGGUCAGCUGGACGUUAGUGAACCUUUUGAGCUAGGCGAAGAGGUAUACCAGAAUAUUUAUCUUACUGAUAAUACUACUGGGGCUGCAUUCGCAGGUGCUCUAGUCGAUGGCUUCAACAACGAAUGUAUCAGCACAGGAUGUAGCGUUCUGUUUGCCGCUUUCAAGCCCGUCGGUAACAGCGCAACCUUCCUCGCCGACCUAUGGCUUUCCGAGAACACAUGUUACAACAUCGAGUUUGAUGGUCAAUGGUAUUCUGGUCAGGAGUACUGCUGUGGCUCGCUACCAUGCGACCUUAAGGCCUAG